GCGAAGGCUGUCUCCGAGGGCCGGGCCGCUCCCGUCUGCCGCUGCCAGGACGGCGCUGGGAGAGGCGGAAGGCGGGCCCAGGAAGUCGGCGUCCGUGCAGAGGAGGACAGGGCCAUGGCGGAAGUGCACGUGAUUGGACAAAUCUUGGGGGCCACCGGGUUCUCGGAAAAUAGCCUCUUCUGCAAGUGGGGUGUCCACACAGGGGCGGCAUGGAAGCUCCUGUCUGGCUUACAGGAGGGUCAAACGCAGGUGGACACGCCCCAAGUGGGGGACAUGGCCUAUUGGUCCCACCCAAUCGACCUGCACUUUGCCACCAAAGGCCUUCAAGGCUGGCCCCGGCUGCACUUCCAGGUGUGGUCCCAGGACAGCUUUGGCCGCUGCCAACUUGCUGGCUAUGGCUUUUGCCAUGUACCCAGCAGCCCAGGCACCCAUCAACUGGACUGCCCCACAUGGCGACCCCUGGGCAGCUGGCGGGAACAGCUGGCUCGGGUCUUCGUGGGUGGCGGGCCACAGCUACUGCACGGGAACACCAUCUACAGCGGGGCUGAUCGCUACCGCCUGCACACAACUGCCGGUGGCACUGUUCACCUCCAGCUCGGCCUGCUGCUACGCCACUUUGACCGCUAUGGUGUGGAGUGCUAAGGGGCCCUCCUGUCAGUAUCUGGCCCCCUCCCCGGCCUGGAUACCUGGUGAGGAGCAGGAUGGCGCAGUGGUCAGGAGCAUGGGGCCUGGAGUUCAGCCUCUGCAUGUGUGGCAGGUCUCCAGAGGGACUUCAAAGCCUGGGGUUGUGCCCUUUGGCCUCAGCUUUCCUCUCUGUAAAAUGGGGGCUGUGGGGAGCAGCAUGGGGCUAACAUGGGGCAUGUCAAUAAAGGUGCUUUCAGGGGCCCCUGGCUCCUGGAGUGUUAUAUGACCUGUG